AUGGGUGACAGAGGUGAGGAUGCCGAUGAGUUCAUUGUACAUUUCUUGAAUACGAACAUAAUAGGGCUGCACAAGCCAGCAUCCCAGAAGCGCCCCCGCUUAUUCAAUAUCGGAGCCACAACUGAGCGCGCGACAGAUUAUUGGGAAGCAUCGAACACGGGAGACCAAAUCUCUCAACGGCAUUGCUUCGACUAUAUGGCCGAUGUCCCUGACACAAUCACAAGAGGUAUAGGAAUACUUUAUGUGCCACAAGAGCCCGGAAGACCAGCAGUGCCGCAUUACUUUGGCACAUUCGAAAUUUCUCAGCUGUUCUGCGGACCGACAAGUAACUUCCCAUUAACGUAUAACCAGCCAUCGCCAGUUGGUUAA